CGCAUCAGCUGUGUGCACACUGCACUCCGGACAGUCUGGCAACUGCGUUCCUCAAAACGUGUAAAUUUCUCGGUCUCUUUUGCAUGAUUAAAACGCGGAAAGGAUUUUUCGGAACAGCUUUCAAAGUGCCAAGACGACGACAUGUCCGCCACCCACAAGCAGCGCUAUAAAAAUGCCGCCUUGGACUCCACGGAGAUGCGGCGACGUCGCGAGGAAGUGGGCAUCCAGUUGCGGAAGAACAAGCGGGAGCAGCAGCUCUUCAAGCGGCGCAAUGUGGUCCUGGAGCCGGCCACCUCCUCGACUUCGGCCGGCAUGGAGAGCAGCACCAGCAACGAGCUGCAGACUGCCGACAUGCACAUGGCGGACAGCAGCACUGGACCAACGCAUUUCCCAGGCGGACAGAACGAAACGGCAACCGGAACCGGUGCUCAGGUGUCCGUAAUCAACGAGGAAAUGAUCCAGAUGCUUUACAGUGGACGCGAAAGCGACCAGCUGGAGGCCACGCAAAAGUUCCGCAAACUGCUGUCCCGCGAUCCCAAUCCGCCCAUCGAGGAGGUCAUCCAGAAGGGGAUUGUGCCGCAGUUUGUCACCUUUCUGCGGAACAGCUCGAAUGCCACGCUGCAGUUCGAGGCCGCCUGGACGCUGACUAACAUUGCCUCCGGCACCUCGCACCAAACGAAGAUCGUCAUCGAGGCCGGGGCAGUGCCCAUUUUCAUUGAGCUGCUCUCCAGUCCCCAUGACGAUGUGCAGGAGCAGGCUGUCUGGGCCCUGGGCAACAUAGCCGGCGAUUCACCCGUUUGCCGCGACCAUCUGCUCGGCUCAGGCAUUCUAAUGCCUCUUCUGCACGUCUUGAGCAACUCGGAGCGCAUUACCAUGAUACGGAAUGCCGUGUGGACGCUUUCAAAUCUCUGCCGCGGCAAGAAUCCACCCGCGGACUUUGCCAAAAUUGUCCAUGGCCUGCCCAUAUUGGCACGGUUACUGGACUACACCGAUGCGGACGUGCUCAGCGAUACUUGCUGGGCCAUUAGCUACCUGUCGGAUGGACCCAACGAUAAAAUCCAGGCUGUAAUUGAUGCGGGCGUUUGUCGUCGCUUGGUGGAGCUGCUACUACAUCCCCAGCACAAUGUAAGCACAGCCGCAUUGCGCGCAGUGGGCAACAUUGUGACCGGCGACGAUCAGCAGACCCAGGUGAUACUGGGCUUCAACGCCCUGCCCUGCAUUAGCCACCUGCUGCGCUCGACGGCGGAAACGAUCAAGAAGGAGUCCUGCUGGACCAUCUCGAAUAUUGCAGCUGGCAAUCGGGAGCAGAUCCAGGCCAUCAUAAAUGCCAACAUAUUCCCGCAGCUGAUGAUUAUCAUGCAGACGGCCGAGUUCAAAACGCGAAAGGAGGCAGCUUGGGCCAUUACCAAUGCCACGAGCAGCGGAACGUCUGAGCAGAUUAACUACUUGGUUAAGGUGGGCUGCGUGCCGCCAAUGUGCGAUUUCCUCACCGUCGUCGAUUCGGAUAUUGUCCAGGUGGCACUGAAUGCCUUGGAAAACAUCUUGAAGGCGGGUGAAAAGUUUCAGGCGCGACCAAAUCCCUAUGCCAUUACCAUCGAGGAAUGCGGAGGUCUGGACAAGAUCGAGUAUCUGCAGGCGCACGAAAACCGCGACAUCUACCACAAAUCGUUUUACAUCAUUGAACAGUACUUUGGCAACGAGGAGGAGGACAGCCGGGUGGCCCCCGUGGCGGGCAGUCAACAGUUCGAGUUCGAUCCGGACAACAUGCCCAGCACAGGCUUCAACUUUUAGCACCAUAACGGGCAGGACUAUACUAUCAACAAAAUGCGAAUCCUUCUAAAACCCUGAGCACACAACACACACACUGCAGGAAGCGCAGAAUUGCCUGACAGGAUUUAAACGGAGGCCAGAGCACGAGAAGGCAACCAAUGCCUAAGUGCAGUCACUACUAGCAUUUAAGUAAAGUUGGUCAUUCUGUCGGCUCGUUAUCCUUUUUCUUUUUCACACAUACUCGUCUGCAUAUAUAUUUUCUGCGCUUAAAACUAUUAUUUUCGAAGUGGUCCAGGACCAAAAUCAUCAUGACCUUACUCGAGCAUUUCUCCAGCUGGAAAGCGGGAUCGCUUUCACCUAGUUCGUAUGUACUAAUUUAAUAUGUUAUACAACCCAUUGUAUAUGUUUUUGCUUUCCUCAGAUUGAGUUUGUAAAUAUUUUUCAUUAAGCCCAAUUACGUUGAGACCUUGACAUGGUGUUGUUAUGCAUUCAUACAAACAAACGAUAUUGAUAAAACGAAUAACUUAAAAUGUUUUUAUUUGAUUUUGUUACGCAAAUUGCCGAAUGUAAAUUUGAUUAAAUUAUAAAGCAUUGUAACUUAAUUUAGAGGACACAUCAAUAAAGAACAACUAGACCACAA